AUGGCUCCUCCCGAUUUGAACUCGGUUCCUCCGUCUCCUCAUUUCCGUCAUACUUCCCAACCGCCUGACCUUGAAUUGAACCCAAUUUCUUCUUCCACUUCACAGCGGACAUCUCAUAUUAUGGGACCUCCGCCCAUGCCAGCGAAUGCCAUGUCAUCUACUAUCACUAGCGAUUCUGGGGGUGCAGGUUUCGGCCCAGGCCCUCUGCGUCAUCCUCGUCCCAUGACCGCUGCUGACUUACACUUGGUGUUGGAAAAAGAACAAGAGGCAGUGGUUAACCGCCUUACAAGAGAGUUAACUCUCCUCAGACAACAAACGGCAUCUGUUGCAUCAACGGCAUCUUCUACGUCAACAGGCUUCACUGAUUCUAUGGAGGUAUCAGUACAUCCUACGGCAUCCCGUCAACAUCGGUCGUCUUCCAACCUCAGUUCCCACAUUCCUCCCGGAUCGGCAGCAUUGGCAGCAAGUGUUUCGAGCAUUGCUCCUUCACGCGAUACCGCCCUACCUUCGUCGCGACCUUCAGGGGAGUUCGCCCGUGCUGGACGCAGUCGUGAGCCUUCUGUUACUUCACCGCGUCAGCCCGUGUCACCCUACGGUGACGUUGGCUUUCAAUCUCAGUCUCAGGGCCAACAUAGCCAUCGCAGCUCUGUAUCGCAUUCUCACAAUUCUGCAUAUCCACCCGAAACCCGGCGUUCGACCUCGAUCUCGUCGACAGCAGGCAAUCGAUUUGAAGAGACGGCACAACACCGAGCAGAGCUUGAAGCUGUUAGAAGGGAGAAUGACAUGCUUCGACGACGAGUACGUGAACUAGAACAGACCCUCAGGGCUUAUCGUGGCUCGCAUCCACAGUCUCCGGAUGAACCAUCUGCCCAUAGUUUAGUAACCGGUUUGCGGGAUGCCACACUAUCAGAGGCAUAA